AUGAGACUCCCUAUCACAGGAGAACAUGUCAAGGAUCUAGCCGCUCAGUUAGAUCCGUCCACUAAACUUUUUACCCGCGCAGAUGGCCAAGAGUAUGAGAAGUUGAUCGCUAGGUGGGCUGAUAACGCGAUCAGACAGGCUGGCGUGGUCGCUGUCCCUGUGACAUACGAAGAAGUAUCCAAGCUAGUGAAAUUCGCCUCCGAUAACAAGAUCGAUAUCGCCGUGAGGGGAGGGGGUCAUUCUACCGGUGGUUGUAGUUCUUCGGAAGGUGGCCUUGUCAUUGAUCUCUCCGGCAUGCGCAAUGUCACAGUUGACAAGGACUCGAAAUUGAUCAUUGCCCAAGGCGGUGCUUUGUGGGCAGAUGUGGACAACGCUGCAAUUGAAAAGGGCCUUGCCACAGUCGGCGGCACUGUUAAUCAUACUGGCAUCGGCGGAUUGACUCUUGGUGGCGGCCUUGGCUGGCUUACCGGCUUAUAUGGCACCGUGGUUGACAAUCUUGUCGCAGCAAAGGUUGUCAUCGCCGACGGAAGCCUCUUGAAUGCCUCAGAGAAAGAGAAUGCCGACUUAUUCUGGGCGAUCCGUGGUGCAGGCCACAACUUUGGUGUUGCCGUCGAGUUCACGAUUAAGGGGCAUGACCAGACCAAUGAAGUGUAUGCUGGAGGCUACGUGUUCACCCCGGACAAAUUGAUUGCCAUUAUCGAUGCGCUCAACGCCAAGAUGAAGAAUCCGGACCCCAAGGCUUCAGCGAUCCUCGUCUUCGCGAGCCCGCCAACAAUGCCCGGCCCGGUUAUUGUUACCAACCUGUUUUAUAACGAGCCCGUUGCCAACAUGGCCAAGAUGAUGCCCUACAAUCUUGUCAAUGGGCUGUUGAACCCGAUGGCUGCUCACGGAGGCCGCAAAUCUCUCAAAGCACUCACUCUUUCACACGACGUGGAUGCUGCAUUCGUACAAGAAUUAUUUGAAGAGUACGCUCGAAAGAUGAAGGAGAAUCCCGAUUUGGCCAAGACGUUUAUGGGCAUUGAGUUCUACGACACGACUAAGCUCAACAGCGUUCCUAUUGAAUCAAUGGCAUUUGCCAAUCGCGGUCUCUACAGAGCUGGCAUUGUCGGUUUGGAAUGGUCAGAUCCUCAGAAAGAUAUGGAAAACAGGAGUUGGGGUCGAGCUUUUCAGACCAAGUGCCGACAACACGUCAUCGAUCAGAACCAGUAUUCCCCGGAGACUACUAAGACUGCAUUGGAGUAUGCCAAUUAUAUUGAGCCUGGCGAUCUUAUCGACAAAAAACCAUUUGGCGUCAAUCAGCAACGAUUAGAGAUGUUGAAACAUAAGUUUGAUCCAGAUUGCCUGUUCAACAAAACAAGCCCUCUUGUACCUCUGAAAAAUUAA